AUGAUGAAAGCAGACCAAAUCCUCAGCAUUAUAUUUCGGCAGCUUAGACCAUCCCUGCACCAGCCACACUCCGCAAACUCACAUCUCCGCCCCCUCUCCCAAUUUGCGCCACUCCGCCAUCCCAGCUUUCCGCGUCCAUCGUGUACGCCCAAACACCGCAUCGCACAACCUUCCUUUGCACUUCGCAAUUGUCAGACCCGUCGAGUCUCUGACUCCACGUCCGCUCCUUCGUCAGCGGUCGCGCACUCCCCGAACUACCCUAGCAACACCCAAAGCCCCCUGGAGAAACCCCCCGCUUAUGAGCUCACCUUUACAUGUAAACCAUGCAAGCACCGCUCUACGCAUACCAUUUCGAAGCAAGGGUAUCAUAAGGGGACGGUUUUGAUCACAUGCCCCGAGUGUUCGAAUCGGCAUGUCAUUAGUGAUCAUCUGAAGAUCUUUGGGGACCAACCAUUUACCAUCGAGGAUUUGAUGAGGCAGAAGGGCCAACUAGUGAAGAGAGGAACGUUAGGCGGGAAGGGAGACCUUGAGUUUUGGGACGAUGGGAGUCAGACAGGCAAGGACACGCUAGAGGGGCAUCAAUAA